UAGCCUUGCAUCCGCGGCACCGUUACACACUCCUUUUCGACGCUAGCAAAAGGAGCACCGCGGAGAAGCAAACGGUUCGGCAACCAAACCAAUACGUGCGCGGUACUAGUGGUAGUAGCGAGUACUUACGGCCCUCCACAAAACCGCGACAGAUUAAGAAGGCAUGGCGUUAACGCAACCGUCGACGGCAACCAAAGGUGUCAACGGCGGCAAUGGCGGUACUUAUCAGCAACGGUCCCCUCGGCGAAGCGGUUUUACAGUGGCAUCGUGCGACGACGGCUAUCAGUUUGCUCGUAGCAUCGAACUCGCCAACACUCCCGGCCGCAAGUCGUCGUCGGCGCAUCGACGAAUCCUCGUUGCAUCACAGCUCAUUUCCGAACUGCACCAGCAGCAGCAGCAGCUUCUUCGCGAUCGGUGCCUCCUGCCUCUGCCACGAGUGCCGUUUCCUUUUACUCCUUUUACGGCCAGUACAAUGAAGAAAUCUACGCUCGAUAAUAUUUCGGUCUUUCUGGCCGAACUGAUCGGUACCGGGUUGCUGGUGAUGCUAGGCUGCAUGGGAUGUGUGUCCGGUUUGGGCCAUACCCCUUCGCACUUUGAGCUGUGCAUCAACUUUGGUCUGAUAGUGAUGAUCAUCGUGCAGGUGUUCGGAUGCGUUUCCGGCUCCCAUCUCAACCCGGCCGUCACUGCUGCUGCCUGGGUGUACGAAUUAGUUUCCACCAAGAUGGCCCUAGCAUACGUUGCCGCCCAGUGCAUAGGUGCGUUUAUGGGGUACGGCAUCCUGAAGCUGCUGACGCCGGUAGCUGUGUUCACCGAUGCCCUCGAAAAGGGGGCCGGAUUCUGCGUGACCCAGCCGAACAGUGCUAUCACGAGCAUGCAGGCCGUCGGCAUUGAGUUCGUUGCAACGAUGGUGCUGGUGCUGGUGUGCUGCGGUGUUUGGGAUCCGCGCAACGCCAAACAUCACGACUCGGUCGCCCUCAAGUUUGGUUUUACUGUCGGAGCGCUGGCCGUUGCGGCGGGCCCUUACACCGGAGCGAGCAUGAACCCAGCACGGUCGCUUGGUCCAGUCCUGUGGAACGGCGUGUACAACGCCCACUGGAUAUACUGGGUUGGCCCACUGGGAGCUGCGUUUUUGACCGCCUUCGCCUACAAAGCGGUAUUCCGGCGGGAAGCUCCCGUCGAACAACUGAACCACGAGCUGGCCGCACUGAACACCGACAAGUCAAACGCUUAAAAAAUCACUCGUCUCAAUCUCUCGAUCUUCAAGCAAAAUCGUUACCAGUAAUCGUUUCUUGCAUACAACCGACCGGUUAACGGUACUAUUUUUGCACCGUACCGUCGUCGUGUGUUGUGUGACACCACUCAGCUAGCUAACACACACAGAGAGUCCUUUCGAGGAGCGGCUCGAAUCACGCCAUCGGAACGUAAUCGUGCGCAUCACCGAUCGUGCAACAAUGUCUUGACGGUUGCCCUGUAUAAUUGUAAGAUAUGUUGUUAAAAUAAAUAAUUAGCCAAACCAAGCCAUUUCGCAAACCGACA